AUGGUGGUGAUUACAAGUUGGUUGGCAUCUACUAUUGCGUUCGGGGUUGCAACAACGGCAGUCAUGACUAAUGCAAUGUCAAGCUAUGCAGAUAGAAUUCUUAAUAUUAACGGUAUUGAAAAGCUAGAAGAUGAAUAUUUAGACUUAAAAUUUGAAAAUUAUCAAAAAGAAAAUAGAUUAUUAGAACUUAAGGAGCAAACAAGGUUAUUGGAGCAAAAAUUAACAUCAAAGAUAUUCCAUAAAUUAAGAGAACAGGCACUUUACGACAAGUUUCAUAAAAAUUCCUCAUACUUUGAUCUAGCAAAACAAUUUUAA